AUGCUAAUGCGCCUCUUCAACGACGAGUCUGGUGUCAAAGACUCCACAAACAAAAACUCCCACCUCGCACGGGAUGCCGCUGCAAUUGCUGCUGCCGUCUCGACUAUCGUCCCUAUAGAUCACGAAUCCCUAAUGACCCAGGCCCUGGCCAUCGCUCGCAAAUCAACUUACAUCCCAUCGGCCUUCUGCGUCGGCGCCAUCAUAGCCACACCAAGCGGGGACAUUCUCUCAACCGGGUACAGCAGAGAACACCCCGGCAACACCCACGCCGAGCAAGUCGCCAUCGAUAAACUCCUUUCCUCAUCUUCCACCCCAGAGGAAGCAGUGGUUUACACAACCAUGGAACCUUGCAGCAAAAGGCUCUCCGGGAAUAAGUCCUGCGUAGACCGGAUUCUGGAGUGUGCAUGGAUCAGGAGGGUUUAUGCUGGUGUCAUGGAGCCUGUAGAUUUCGUUGAGAAUAGUGGAAAGGCAAAGUUGGAGGCAGCUGGGGUUGGGUACCAGCUUGUUGAGGGGUUAGAGGAGGAGUGUUUGGGGGUUGCGAGAGGAGAGGGAGAGGAGAGGGUGGAGGAAGAAGGGAAGAAUGGGGAAGGGAAGUAUGAGGAAGGGGGAGAUGUGGUUGUGCAGGAGGUAGAUAACUUGGGGUGUUAACGCCUACCCGCCUGUCUGUCUAGCUAGGGAACGAAAAGUUAUGUUUUUUUCAUUUUCUUUCCUUUUCAUUUUUUAAUCGUAUGUGGAAACUGUAUUGUUGUUAUCGCAUGAUAGAUUAAAUUGAACCGGGCUUACCUUUGGCUUGUGAUAUAGUACUGGUAUUUAUUGAGGUCUUU